AUGGAGCCAGCUGAGUGUCGCGCAGUGAUCCGUUUGUAUUUGAAAGGGAGCACACCAAAGAAGACUUUUGAUGAAAUCAACGAAACUUAUGGUGAUGAUGCCCUAUCAUAUGAGCUUGUAAAACGCUCGCAUCGUGAAUUCAAACAUGGCCCAAAAACUGUGGAAACAGCUUCCAGACCUGGUCGUCUCUCUUCUGCCAUUGUUGAGGCAUCUGUCCGUCAAGUUGAAGCAGCCAUUUUGGAAGAUCGUCGCAUUAUUGUUCGCCAAUUAGCCCAAGAUUGGUAUAGGCUUGCAGAUAACCUGCAGAUAGAUGGGGUUGUAUUUAUUGGUUCCCAACAACUCCAAGAUCUCACGUAUGGCUCCAAGAAGCUUGUAGUGCACACCAGCGGCCAUACACAGAUUCGACUGUCGGGCUAA